AUGGGCGUUUGCCCGAGCAAGAAGAUGAAUUCCGGCCGGUAUGACCGCCCGGAUCUCGCGCCGCACGUACGAUCAUUUACGUGGACGCUCGCAUGGAUCAAUCAUGAUGAAGACGACUUGAUUGAAAUUGACUACGAGUUAUGGAAUGUCUUUAGUCGGCUGACCAACGUGCGCCAUCUCGACCUGGCAUCGCUCCAUGACAUCUUCUACCUAUCCUUUAUCCGUGAAAAUCCGUCGAGGCUCUUCCCUGCUGUGAGCCAUCUCCGUCUGAUCGGGUGGAUGCAUCGUGGCCUAGUCGAAGCUAUCGUCAACUCGUUAGACCCGGCGGCGGUCACCACCAUCAUCCUUGAUUUCCUACAGGAUGAGGGCGCGUUUCCCAACGGGGCGCCCAUGGCUGAAGAUGUUGCGGAGCAGUAUGCCCGCGACACUGGACUUGACAUGCGGCCCGGAGCUCUUAUAGAUGAAGAUCUUUAUGAGCGGCAGCGAACUGGUACUGCCUUCUCUUUCGUGAAACCGCAAAAUUCCUCUUAUCUGUCGGUCAGACUCUAA